AUGGCUCCACUCCGGCAUCGAUCUAUCAUCGUCAUUGAUGAUGAAGAUGAUGUGGCAGUAGAUGACGAUUUGAUAAUCCAUUAUCAUGGACCCUCUUACUCAUCUUCUUCGCAAGUCGCCAAGCCAGCAUCUACUCCGGGAAAUACCUCUCGUCAAACCACCCCUGCCGUUCAACAUAUCUCGGAAUCUCUGGAUAAACGUUGCACUUCGAAGUUACCCAAAGCUUCUAUCGUUUCACAGUUUCGAAGUCUUGAUUGGAGUCCUAAGACACCUCGAUCAGAGAAUAUGACGCCAAUUCAGCCCAACAAGCCCAGUCAUGCUUCCAGAAUCUCGUCGAUGAGCAGCGCAUCGAAAGAGCGUGAGAGAUCAUGUACUCUUUCGCUUUCGCCUACAGAGCAGUCAUGGAUCAAUACAUCAAUGGGCGGAACUGCUGGAGAACCGAUUGAACUUCUGGCCAAUGACUCUGGUGGAGAAGCCGAAGGAAAAACAGCGGAACGCCCAAACAGAAAAGGGCGAUCUAGGGACAACGGAUCUUAUUCUCUCGUCCCAAAGAGCGGAGCUGGCCAACUCCAGCAAUAUAUCUUGCUAGAUGACGAUGACAAAGACGGAGAUGAACCACCGAAUGCACUGACUCGAAGUUUGAGAAGACUCCCCACCGCCGACGAUGAGCUGAUUGAUCUUGAGGAAAUCGAAGACGACUUGCUACAACUUGAUGAUCAAGUGCUGCAGAUUGAAGAGGCUUAUUUUGGAGAGGCAAGACCACAAGAUGGCAGAAAACCUUCUAGAGCAGUGAAGAUCGACCCCCGAAAUACCGAAAUUGUCUUCCCGUUUGUGAGAAAAGAGUCUCUCAAGCACAUUGGCAGCACGCUCAUCCCAAAUAAGACAGUCGAGUUGAGUGAUGGUAGCUUUCUGCGCAUCAAGGAUGUCGUACUCAACACUCAGACGAAGGCGGUGACAUUACGUGGGCAUCGACUUCAGAGAACUCGAGAUAUGAACGGGAUGCUCGAGAAGAAGAUGAAUGAGUGUCUUCUUUUCCUUGAAGUUGAUCUCGACGAUCACAGAGACCCGCUGGCGCAAGCUAUUGUUGAAACUCCGCUCACCGAGGUCGUCCAACUUCGGAACGUGCGAUACACAAACGAGAAAUUCCCCAUCAAUAGGAAUUUAGACUUCAAUGAGUUCAACACUAAAGAUGCGGCGCUCGAAACUGGUGGUUUAACUGCUCGCUGGAAGUACACCUGCCGAUACGCCUCUGCAAUCAACAGAUAUCAUAACACUUUUGAAGAACGAUCCUUGGAGCGUCUCAUCCUGGAUGAGUGCACCAAGGGAUAUUCUACCCCAGACGCAGCUCGUCGAUUCAAGUGGCGGGGUGAAACUAUUCUUGGCGGUGCCUACCAACCUACUAUUGACAAAGGGGGGGCCAUCUUUCUUGCAGAGAGUCGCCAAGGGAGUAUUGUCAGCAUCAGAAGCUCAGAAGAAGCUGAUGAAUUUUCUCUCGUGCACGUUCAUUCAAUCGACGACUCUUCUGACGAAGAGGACCUCCGGAACUUCGUCAGAGAAAGCUGUUCCCAUCCCAAAGUCCCCAAGCGAAAGCAUAGCCAGCUAGGAGCUUCCUCUUCGAGGCGGGUCCCUAGCCGUGGACAAGGUCAGAAGAAAAUGAGACGUGCAGAAGAGGAAUCCGUGAAGGAAACCAGGGAGGAGAUGUCAAGAAUGAGUCUGCAGCCUGGUCAGAAAACGGGAUCCAGGACCAACCCAAAGGUUAUAGACCUUUCAUCAAGGUUAUCUGUUGCUAUUGAUCUCACCCAAUCCGACUUGGCAACACCUCCUCGCAAAGGCUCAAUACGAACAAACUCUCGCACCGUACGGCCACGAAGCAUGAGAACCGCUGGUCAGAGGUUGACCUACGGUGACUCGUUCUGCGGAGCUGGUGGUGCAACUCGAGGAGCUGCUAUGGCAGGUCUUCGCGUCAUCUGGGGAUUCGACUUCUGGAAGCGAGCGUGCGAGACCUGGGAGGCCAACUUCCCUUACGCAAGAUGCUUUCGCGAGCCUGCCCACGAAUUCGUUGACUUCGCGAAGCGCUAUCCACAUCUUGUCAAAGUAGACAUUCUACAUUUGUCUCCACCCUGCCAGUUCUUCUCGCCUGCUCAUACGAUCAAUGGUGUUGAUGAUGAAAUGAACACCGCAAGUUUGUUUGCUGUGCAGGCUGUGAUUGAGGUUACUAGGCCGAGGAUCGUUACACUUGAACAAACGUUUGGGAUUAAUCAUCCGCGAUUCAGGUUCUACUUCAAUGCACUAAUCCAAAUGUUUACGGCUCAUGAUUUCUCCAUCCGAUGGGCAAUCAUUCCUUUGGCUCAAUGGGGUCUGCCGCAGCGACGAAUGAGACUGAUCAUCAUUGCCUGUUGCCCUGGCGAAAUUCUCCCAAGGAUGCCAGCCGCAACACACUCUGAACUCGGUGGAGGCAAUCCACCUCUGAAGCCCUUUACUUCAGUUCAAUCCGCCCUCUCGACGAUCCCUCCUCCGAAUCCAUUCCACCCCGACCCACUCCAUGACCACGCUGCAGUCACAUUCGCACCCAACAAGACCUUGAUACCCUGGGACGCUAGUAAAAUCCUUCCCCGAGCAAUGACUACUAGUGGUGGUGGGAAUUACCAUCCAUCGGGAAAGAGAGAUUUCACCUUGAGAGAAUAUGCGACUUUGCAGGGCUUCCCACAAUGCCAUAUUUUCAAGGGCAGCUAUGUCAAGAAGCAGAUUGGGAAUGCGGUGCCGCCUUGCGUCGCGAAGGCGUUGUUUGAGAGCAUCAAAAAGGAUUUGGAUGCGACUGAUGGGGUGGAGGAUGAUGCGGAGUGGGUUGAGUGA